AUGAAUAAAUCAUAAAAUUAAAUAACCCCUACUUCUCAUCCUGGUUCAGUAAUAUUGAGUAAUAAUGCAGGGAUUGGAUAAAAAGCAGAAACUGAUUUAUAUGAUAAAAUUGCUAAAUUUCAUUAAAUCACAUUGCAUAAGUAUAGAUGUGGGAUGAAAAUAUAGGCAUGACAUAGACAAAAUAAAAACAGAUGAAAGAGUAUAAGCAGCAGAUUAUGCAAUUAAAAUAAAGACUGAGAAAAUUAAAUUGGGAAUGGAGAUUGUAGAGAUAUUACUUAAAGAGAGAUUAAAAUUCAUUUAAUAAAUGCAAUAAAACGAAUAAAAAUUAAUGGCAAUUUUAAAAGAAACUUGUUAGUUAUUUUCUAUAGAAAAAUUUGAUGAUUUUCCAAGAGAUUAAUUUACAAAUUAUUUAAAAUCAUUAAGAGAUAUACUUUUACUAACUUAUCCAUCAUUUAAAACAUUAAAUACAAUUAUCCAUCAUAGUGAGAAAUAUUAUCAACAAAAAACAAGAUGGAAAUCAUAUUGUUAAUAGAAAGUAUGUAUUAAUGGAUAUUUAAUGGGAUUAUUAAAUAUGAAUUUAAUUGAUGUGUCUAAUGCUUUAUAUCAUAAAUUANAAAAUCUAGAAUCAUUGGUAAUACUUCUAUUCAUUCUUCUGUAUCUAAAAAUCAUUGAAAGGAAAUGUCAAAAAUAAUAAUUAAAAUAUAUGGUUAAUGGAAAAUAAAUAGGAUAAUCAGAAUAAGCUGAAGGAAUAAUGGGAGUAUCAAUUAUUGAUAUAUUUUAUUGA